UGUUCAUCUAAGCCUUCAACAACCAUUUGCAGUAUUGAAUGAGAUGGACAUAAUAAGAGGAAAACAUAUAUUGCAACACAAGCAUAGUACAUCUCCAACAGAAGUUGCACAUCUCUAAAAUGUUCUGUUUCAGUCAAAUCUGAACAUCAGAAGCUUCAGGGCUGUUUUAUUGUAUUGCAUAAUAUUGUAAGCCUUUCCUGUUACUGCGUACAAUCUUUAUGCACAUUGUCCUGAACAACAGGGAGGUUCUACUGAUAUUAUUAUUGUAACCACUGUGUAAGGACAACACAUUUGAGUUUGUUUUGAUUACAUUUAUAUGACAGAUUUGUUGAACUGCAGCUGUAUAUCAUUAGUUUUUCUUUCACAUGUGGAAAAAGUGAACUGACAUAAGUAUCCGUCUAGUUGUAUUAACAGUUAACAAGUUGUGUCUCUUCCUCAUUUAAAUCAAAUGAGUAAGUGAAAUAUGUGUUGCCGUUUUGAAGGCUGGUUUCCUGAAUGUGUCAUGAUCCGUUUCACUUGGAUCAAGCAGCAGCCUGUUUCACUGCUGAGCUGUAUAAAGUGACUUAAAGUUGAGUAGAUUCUCCAACAGGGACUAUUUUAACCACUGCCAAGAUGACAGUAAAAUUUGAAGAUGCAUUUUGGGGAGUGGACUUCAUCAGUAAUAUUGGGUAUGAGACUAUAAGUCAGAGACUUAAUGAUGGUCGACGGACAUGCAAAGACAUGGAGGAACUCUUGAAAAUGAGGGCAUCAGCAGAGGACAAAUAUGGCAAGGAACUGGUCACAAUUGCACGCAAAGCAGGGGGUUUAUAUGAGAUCUGCACUUUGAGAUCAUCUUUUGAUGAAAUGAAAACACAGAUUGAAAAGGUAGGAAACUUGCACAUUCAGCUUUCUGGAUUCCUAAAAGAGGAGGUAAAGAGAAUAGAGCAGUUCAGAGAGCGGCAGAAAGAACAGCGAAAAAAGUUUGAUGUCAUAAUGGAGAAGGUCCAGAAGACAAAAGUCUCCCUCUACAAGAAAACAAUAGAUUCUCAAAGAUCCUACGAGCAGCGCUGCAAGGAGGCAGAUGAGGCAGAGCUAGCCUCAGAGAAGAUGGGCAGCACUCCCACCGCCACUCCCAAACAGAUCGAGAAGAUGAACAACAAAUCUAAACAGUGCAGAGAAGCUGCAGAAGAGGCUGAGAAACAGUACAUAUCAAACAUUGAACAGCUUGACAAGACUCGACAAGAGUGGGAUACAACACACAUCCACACUUGUGAGAUGUUUCAGCAGCAGGAAGAAGACCGCAUCAGUGUGCUAAGGAAUGCUUUGUGGGUGCACUGUAACCAUUUAUCAAUGCAGAGUGUGCAGGGAGAUGAGUGUUACGAGGAGGUGAGGGCUACACUGGAAAAGUGUGACAUCAUUGCAGACAACAACUGCUUUGUGGAGAUGAAAAGCACUGGCUCGACCCCCUCAGCUCAAAUUGAAUACCAAAAUUACUACGAGAAGGAUUCUACAGGUGAUAGAAACGGCAGUGCUGGAUUCGUAAGAGUGUUGAAAAGGUUUUCAAACCUUCUGCAGUCGAACUGUAGCAGUGGCUCCAAACUGAACAUCGAUGAACCAGUUGCAGAACAUCCUGCAGAACAACCAGAAGGAUUAUAUGCUUCCAUUCCUGGAAGUUGUGUGUCCCAGCUGAGCAGUGAGGGGUACAAGGUCGUGUAUGACUAUGUGGCACAGGGGGACGAUGAGCUCUCUGUGUCUGUCGGGGACGUUGUGGUUGUCACGGAUCAAGGUGAGGAUGGCUGGUGGACGGUGAAAAAAAAUGGCCUUACUGGAUUGGUCCCAGGCACUUAUCUUGCCAAAGAAUAAGUUUACCUGACGGCCAUAUGUAGGAUUGUAUCACUAUUACAUUCCUUCAUGUAAUAUUUGUCAUUUCAAAUUACCUUAUAGUUUGAUCUUAUCUGUUGUUCAUAUUUGUGUUGCAUGCGUCAUUAAACUACGGAAGCUGAAACAAAA